AUGACCGUCGCAGAGAUUUCCGUUGCUGGUAUCCGGAGGAAGGUGAAGCAGGAGGUUCUGCGCUCAUUGCCGCUGCUCCCGCUGCAGGAGAACGACAAGGAUGCGGCCGCACAAGUGAUGGAGAGGCGUGCAAAGCUGAUGAAGCGUUGGAAGGCCGAUCACUCCACGUUCUCCAUCCUGCACCUGGACGUGUGCAAGCGAGAGAAUGCCCCGAGUGCUGCCCGGACCACCGAAGAAGUCCUCAUCAUGCCCCGGAAGGCCCCAAAGCGGGAGGUGUCCAAGUGCAGCGAUGUCAGCACCGUGGCUAUCUCCGAGGAGAAGGCAGAGGAUAUGAUGUCUACACCAUCCACACCGUCAAGCGAGCAGGCACCGGACCUGCCUGAGACGAACUUCCUUGAGGUGCGUCGCAAGCUUUUGAGCUACCGCAACUCGAUCCCGCAAGAUGAGCGCCCGGACUACGUGGUGGAGGUUGUGAGCCUCCCAGCCACUCAGGCGGCCAUCAAGAGGGACGAGGGCUUUAUGCGUCAGCAGUCAGAGCCCGUGCCCAGCAAGAGCUUUGCGGGCACGAUGCGGCGGCAGGUCUCCGCUCAGGUGGAGAGGCCCAGGCGAGCGGCGCCGGUCCAGCUGACGCCCUCCGCGAACGCGUGGAAGCCCAAGAAGGAGAGCAACCCCCAGGAGGAGCUGAAGCGCCAGGUGCAAGGCCUGCUGAACAAGAUCUGCCCGGAGAACGUGGCCUCCAUCAUCGAGAAGAUUGCGGCCAUCAAGGUUGAGGAGAUCACGCAGCUGGAGGCCAUUAUCGAGUUGAUGUUCAAGAAGGCAAUCACGGAGCCGCACUACUGCGAGACCUACGCUGACAUGGUCUUUAGCCUGAAGGCGGUGUACCCGUCCUUCCCCGCGCCGGACGGCGGAAAGCCAGUGACCUUCAAGGGCCUGGUGCUGAACAUUUGCCAGAGUGAGUUUGAGCAGCUGCUGACCUCUGGGGACGUGACGGAGGAGGAGAAGGCCAAGCUGGACCACGAGGAGAUUGAUUUCCUGCGCAAGAAGCGCAAGGACCGCAUGCGCGCCAACAUGAAGUUCAUUGGGCACCUCUUCCUGCGACAGCUCCUCUCCGCCAAGGUCAUCGGCAGCGUGAUUUGCGAGUUGGUGCUGUGCGAGCAGGUGGAAGAUCUCCCCGAGGAGCACGCCCUGGAAUGCGCCUGUGAGCUGCUGCUGGCGAUCGGCUACACCAUGGAGAACAUGGCCGCAGGCCAGACAGCUUUGACAUCUGUUUGCGGACGCCUGAAGGACUUGAUGAAGCGAAAACGCGAGGACGGCAAGGCCGCAUACUGCAAACGCGUGCAAUUCAUGAUCCAGGACGUGCUGGAUACUCGAGCAGCUGGGUGGCAAAAGAAGGUGUUCAAGGCGGCGGCUAAGACCAAGGAGGAGAUCAGAUUGGAGCAGGAGAAAAAGAGAUCACGGAUCGGGCAAAGGGAAAGGACGUUGCGCCUGCCGGCUGCGUGGUGA